UUGAGACUAGCAUUUUCCGAGAAAAAAAUUUCGGUUGAAAUAUAUAUGUGUGCGGUUUGUGCGAAGCAUAACAUUUUGAUCAACACAGAAGAAAGUAACGCAAAAGGGCAACUUUGCGCUAAACGAUUGUCAUUUGACGAUGCACUGUCAGCCAGAACAUUCGUAUCAUUAAGAGCUGAUGAGGAAGGUAAUGUUGUUAUGGAGAAGGAGCCAUUCAUGAUAGCAGUACUUGAAAGUGCGAAUGUGGAUGGUACUCGCCACCUAAAUUCACCGAGUAAACUUACGAGGUAUAUGUGGACUGCUAUCAUAGUAGUAUUUGUGUUCUUAGCCGCCGUUCAGAUCUGGAGACAGAUUGUGAUGUACAUAGAAACGCCAGUGGCAACGAAUAUUGAGGCGUUUUAUCCUGAGAAAUUGCCAUUCCCAGCUGUUGCAAUUUGCAACAACAAUCAGUUUCGACUUACCUACCUCACAGGCCCUUUAAUUCAAAAUCGACGAGCCAAAGAAAUGCCAGCUGAUGAAAAUAAUAUUAACGAUGCACUCAUGCGAACAAAGUCAAAGGUGGAUGUUGUAAAUUCAACUGUAUUUGAUCAAGUAAUCGAAAGAGCAUGGGAUAUGGAUGCGGUGAAAUUCCUACGGAACGCAGCGCAUUGGAAAUCACGAAUGAUCCUCCGGUGCACAUGGCCGAAUGGUACCAGUUGUCGUUUGUCAGAUUUUAAAGCUGUAUGGACUUUGACAGGAUUGUGCUGGGCAAUCAACACAAAUGCUCAAAAUCCGCAUUAUAUUUCAUCAAGCGGUAGUGGCCACGGCUUACGUUUGUUACUGAAUAUUGAGCGCUAUGAACGAGUUGAAAGUUGCACACCAAAAUUUCGAACGAUGAGUUUACCCGGUUUAAAGAUUUUGAUUUACAACCAAACAACCAUCCCCGAAUCAUCUUUAAGCGGUGUCAAUGUUCCACCUGGUUAUAGUAUGGAUAUCCCAUUUCGGAUACAGCAUCGUUCAAAGAUUCCCGGUAUGGGUUGUAUUCAAAUGAACGAUCAACAAAAAGGGAAUGCUUUAGCAUUUGAUGAUCCACUCAACGUGCAUACGUGCUCAAUCAGGAAUUUCUUAAGGGAGAUUGAAAGAAGCUGCAAUUGUUCAAUGCGGAGAGCUUACAAUCCGAACAUAAAUGGUGGUGCUUAUGGAUUCUGCAAUGUAAAACAAUAUUUUGGUUGCGUAUCCUCAAUAAUCAAAGGAAAAACUGAGUUCGAAAAGGAUAAGUUCAAAUUAAAAUGUGUCAAUGAUUGUGAGCAGAUAGAUUACAUUGCAUGGCAGGAUAUGAAUUUAUUACCGAGCAGUAUAUUUCCAUCACUUAUUGAUACAGCUGAAGAGGAAGACGUCGAUGAUGUGCUUGAUAAUGAAGAUGAAGAGUGGAAGUUCCUGGAAGAUGCUAGUAAGGAUGAAUUGUUCCAAUGUGAAGAAAGUCAACUGCUCUCUGAAGAACAGGUGAGACAGAUCAAGAGGUCUGCACAACGAGCCUAUGAGAAGCAAUCACGAUACCAAGAGGAUAUUCAACUUCGAACGAAACGACUCAUUGAUAAAUUACGAAAUGCAACUCAAAAUCUGCUCCAACUGCGAUGGGGAUGGACUGAUAAAACGUACCUUGGUGCGUAUCAACGCCUUAAUACAUCACUGCUAUGCUACAGUAAUAUGGCUGCAAACCAUAAAGAAAUGUCCACUGCAAUCAGCAAUGUGCCUGUAAUCAGUGAACAACGAAGAACCUCAAACAUUUUUCGGGUUAAUUUAAUUGAACAAUGCGUGAUAGAUAUGCGUAUAUUUUUCAUGUCUAUGCAGUUGCUUUCGCCGAAAACACAUGAACGCAAUCCAGAAAAAUACAAAACAUUAGCCGAGCUACGACAAGUAUAUGGUGAACGUGUGGAUGAAAUAAUAAAAGAAUCGCAGGCGAUUGGCGAUAUUGUUGAGGCGUUUUGGAGAAUAUAUAGAAAGGAGACAUUCACAUCGACAUUAGGCGUUAAUCUCGAUCGAAUGGACACAAUUUUGCAACUGACUGAUGCGUAUGAAUUGGGUAAGCUGCAGCGGCGUGCAUGGGCUGAAAAAAUGCAAUCACGUAAUAUGAGACAUUUUUUCGAUCAGGAUUUUUAUGAGGGAUGGUACAAUCCAACAUUGAAGGACUUCGAUCAGGUUCUGGUUCGAAACAUUAUUAAUAUCGAAGAAAAUGAUUUACCGUUUCUUCUGAAUUCAAUUCAGAAUGGUACUGGCCUGCAGAUCGCAUCUGUAUUAUAUUUUGGAAACGUAAGUCAAGAGCAUAUGAAGCAGUUCAAUGAUUUCCUUAAAGAUGUUAUCCAAUGUACAAUGAAUGAUGUCAAAAAUAAGGGUUCUGAUCUACUCAAAACCUUCAAAAAAGCUAUGCAUGAAUUCCAGAAUUACAAUGACAUUGGUGUGCAAAUCUCGCGACCUUUAACUUCGCGUAUCUCAGCUGACAGACAAAAUUUUGCCAUGGUUAAUAUAUUCUUACAUAAGAUGAAUGUAGAAAGUUGGCGACAAGAAGGCACGUACAGUAUAUGGAGUUUAAUGUGUGAUGUGGGUGGUGCACUUGGAUUAUUCUUGGGUGCUAGUAUGCUAACAAUCAUCGAACUUGUCUACUUGUCGUGUCAGUAUAUAUUCACUGAAGACAGUUGUAGGCAGCCUGAAUCACUGAAGAAACGAUUUCGGAGAUGGAGAAGCAAGCUAAAAAAUGUUGAGCUUGCAACAAAGAGCAGCAUGGUCGAGGGCAGUUCCUUAGGCAUCGAGAACAGCAGGUUGAAGAAGAAUCAAUCAGACAAUUUGCUAACAAAAGCGAUAAGAUCGAGAAACAGUUUCAAUGAUACCAAAGCACAUCUUUAUGCGAAGAAAAAACAUAAUGAUCGCAGUUGUGUUGGACGAUCCAUAUCGGAAGUAAUUCGUAAAAGUCAAAUGCGUACGGAUGAUAGCAAUGAUCAAUCCGAUGAACAAAAACAAUUAAUGUCGUCACCAAUUAGUAAUGAGAAUAAUAUUGAUGAGGAUGAACAGCUUAUGGAUAAAAUACGCUCAGUUGAUAACGUGAGGGAUGAAUCAUCAUCAGCUCACAGAAGCUGUUAUGUGACCGGUAGCGAGGGAGAUGACAUCAUGGUUCAUAGUGUACAAUCUGAUAAUGCCGAUGAAAGUUGCAUGUCGAAUGCGGAACGGUUCGAAUCUCAUGCAACGAGUGCGGAUACAUCAGCUGCAUCUUCCGUUACGAGUGGUAAUCAUCAGCAUCCGACACUAUUUAUUCCAAAAAUUGAAAGACAAACGAUUGUUUAG